AACAAGCACAUGGGAGGCACCUCCCUAGUAUUAGGCCUGGGCACAGGUCAAGUACCAGGCAUUUUUUAGGUACUUGUUAUCCGAUUUGGUUUGUAUUUGACUUGUUUUGAACGAGUAUUCGUUAUAUCAAGUAUUCGCAAAUUUUUUGAAUACUUGUAAAUUACUUGACUUGGUUUAUUACUUGAUUUUAUCUUUUACUUGACUUGAUACUCGAUCUUUUCAAUUACUUAAUUUUCCUUGACUACCUGGAGUUAAACAUGAAAUAUCCAAAACACAGUUUCAUAUACACAUACAAACUUACAAUUAUAAGCAUACGUUAUUAACUAUUUUAAAUAGUAGUAGCUAAAGACAAAAUAAAUAGAGGCAUUGAAAUAUACAAAAACAAAAUAUUAUUUUCUUGCCAUUUGGAUACUCCAUGAUCUAUCUAAUAACUUUACGCAAUGCCAAAUUCCAAAAGGUACUUGCUCGGUUCCUGUAAUUUUACAAGUGACAACAAUCAGCACAAUAAAAGGUCGAAAUUGAAUAUUGAAGAGCACAAAACACAUAAGUUAGUGAAGCUACACAUACAUUUGAGCAUAACUUGUUACACGGCCAUAAAUUGUGAAGUUAAAUUAGCUCAACUACCUUUAUUUCCUAACUUACAGUUUUAGCAGAACAAAAGGCAAAGAGUUCAAAUACUUUCUUAGUAUCAUAGGAACAAUAGCAUAAUUAACUGUAUAGUGUUAAGUUAGCAAAGACAACAAGAUCAUGUAAUUUUUAAGUUUCAACUUGCAUGGAUAGAUAACAAAGGAAGAGUUAAAACAAUGAAUUGGAAACACUACGUACGUAGAUAUAACGUAAAUAUUCACAAGUUGCAUACAAAAAUAUGAAACAGAGAAAAUAGUUUUUACCUUCAUUCUUCCUCCAUAGUUAAGCUAACUCCUUGGACUAAGUUUCCAUACAAACCAGAAGUUGUAAACUCUGUCAAAAAAAACUUUUUUUUGUAAGAUUAUAAAAUAUAUAUAUUUAUAAAUAACUUAAAAGCAAGCGUAUACCAUUUUCUAGGAUUUCAAGUUCUUCAAUUUGGUCUUGCGUAUCCAACCUUGAGUGGAAAUUAAAGCUUCAACCAUUCUUGGGGUGAGAGAACUGCGGAACGGAUCAAUGACACGACCACUUGUGCUAAAAGCUGACUCAGACGCAACGGUUGAGACCGGUAUAGCCAAAAGGUCUUUAGCCAUUAGAGAAAGAGUUUCGUACCUUGAUCCUGUCUUCUUCCACCAAAGUAAAACAUAAAAUUUGGGAUCUGAUCUAGGAACACAGGCUUCAGUCAAAUAGCUCUCCAACUCAGAUUGAUAAACAGAAUUUUCUUCACUUUCUUCAAUUAGAGAAUCAAGGUCAUAAAUAUCUGCAGCUUCUUUCAUUACUUCUGUACUCCUUGAACAUGGCUACUUUCUGGUGAAGAACUAGAUGCUUUAGCUUGAUAGUAUUUGAACAUCUUCUCUAUAACUGUGUUUACUUUCUCAAUCAAGGCUUCAGCUAUAUUAUCACCACCAGAACCAUAGCUUUCACGGAUAAACAAACUCACAUACUUCAUUUUAUACCGAGGAUCAAUAACACGAGCAACAAAAAUCACUAAGUACAUGUUCUCCAUAUCUCCCCAGUAUUUAUCAAACUUUGCUUUCAUCUUAACAGCCAUUGCUUUCUGAUUCAGCCCAAGCUUUCGUAUCAUUAAACCAACCCCAAAUAUCUAUCUCCUUCAGAUACAUAUUUCCAGUAACAUAACGAGUUGCUGAAAGUUUCAAAGUAGCAUCAUAGAAAAACUUGAGAAUAGGUAAAUAUGUCUUUGCAUAAUCCCAAUCCGAUUCAGUAGGUGCACCUCCUAACUUCCCAAGUUCUACCAUAAACUUAUCAUCUUCUAACUCGAGCAUAUCAAAACCUCUUUUUAGUUUUAAGGCUGACUCUAACAUCAAAUAUGUAGAAUUCCAUCUUGUCUCGACCUCAAGAGACACACCAGCAGUUGAUGAAAGCUUAAGGUGAAUAAGACAAUUCUUUGAAUUUAUCUAACCUUGCUGGAGAAGAUCUAACAUACCGAACAGCAGAACGUAUUCGACUAAUCAAAUCUUUAUUUUCUUGUAAUCCAUCUUUGACAACCAGAUUUAAGAUGUGAGCACCACAUCUCAUGUGAAGAAAUUCACCAUCAAGUAGAGAAGUACCCCAUGACUUAAGUCUUCUUCUUAAGAAUCUGAUUGCUACAUCAUUUGAACUUGCAUUGUCUGCUGUGAUUGUAAAAACCUUGCUCAUUCCCCAAGACACCAAGCAUCUCUCAACCAUUUUCCCAAUUAGUUCACCUUUGUGACUCAGAAUUUGGCAGAAGUUAAUGAUUUUUUUUUCUGCAGAUUCCAAUUCUCAUCAAUGAAAUGUGCGGCCAAGCACAUGUAGUUGAUGUUCUGAACUGAAGUCCAAGUAUCAGUUGUAAGCGAAACACUCCCUUUGUGAUUCUGAAAGAACACUUUCAACUUUUUCUUUUCUUCAAGAAACAUACUGAAGCAAUCUCUUGUGAUUGAUCUACGGGAAGGGAUUUGAAACCGAGGCUGAAGAACACAUAUGAAUUCUCGAAAACCUUCCUUCUCCACAACCCUAAAAGGCAACUCGUCCUUUAUAAUCAUUCUGACUAAACCUUUUCUGCAUUCAUCUUUAUCAUAUUGUAGGUACGAUGGAACAGCUUCAUCAUCCUUAUCUUUUUUGGGUUGAUGCAUUAAGGUUGAUUGCUUAACUCUUUUACCAGCAACAGUCUCAACCUCAAGCUCUGGAUGCAGCUUUUUACACCUCAGCAUAUGUUUCAACAUAGUACUGGUGUUGACACCAGAUGGUGAUCUAAUAGUAACUAACUGACCACAAUGAUUGCAUUUCGCUUUGUUUCCAUCUUCUGUUCUCUUAAAGUUUUUCCAUGCCUUAGAUCUUUCCUUAGGAGUUACCUUAGAUUCAUCAGAGUCAGCUGUUGGAGCUGUAUCACCACCAUGCUCUGUAUCCAUUUCCUCUACAUCAUCUUUUGGAUGUUCUUUCUGCUGCUCAGGUUCCAUCUGCGCAUAAACAUUUAACAAAAAUAUAGGAUUACUAAACAUCUAUACAUAAAUAACCAACUGAUCUAUUUCUUAAAUUUUCAUCUGAGAAUUGGAUAAGUCAAAGUAAAUCAAAUCCUAGAUAAAUAAAGAGAGAUUGUGAGGGUCAAAGAUAGCGAAUAUGAAUUAAGAUUAAACAACUUACCAUAGUGACGUAAAGAAGCGAACUGAGUUUCAAACCCUAACUCUCUUUGUUUCGGCUCCGUAAAAAUAUCUCGAGUGAAAAAGAUCUGUGAGUAAAACACAGAGUUUCACCUUUACCUCUUUGUAUAUAAACGUCAGAUUUUCCAUUGGGCUAAAAUCAGUUAGUACUAGCCCAAUAGUUUAGUAAUGUUGGGUAUUGGUAUUUAAACACACAAUUUUUUUAGUUUUGAUAGACGUAUAAUACAUAAAAUUUUAAUUAACUGAUAAACUAGAUACCAAAUAUUUAAUAAAUUAAAUAAUAUAUAACAAGUAAAGGAACAAAUAGAAGAUCUACUCUAUACUAAAAGGAACAAAUAGAGUGUUUUAAGCCUAUCCACGUAGGCAAAUAUAUUCCCCCAAUCAAAACAGUUGAUUAAUCCACGUAGGAUACCGGAGGCUUUCUUUUUCGAUUUUAAGGUCGCAUCUUUAACCUUAUUGGGUCGGCGGACAAAACCAAACACAAAAUCAAAUGCUUUGGACACAAAAUCACAAUGGAUCUGAUAAGAUAUUGUCUGGGCUUGGUUAGGUUUAUUGGGCUUGGUCUCAGUAUAUUAAAAAAAAAACACCACGCGAGGCGGAAACCUCGAUGCUCCGCGCCUCCAUCUCUUCGUCUUCACCCUUUGUUCUUCAUCGUAACAGAUUUUCCGAUCCACAUCUCUACAAUCAAUACCCCACGACAUCUCCAUCCAUCAAUUUCUCCUUUAUGAGUUCGUUUCGGUUUGCCCUUUUCCUGCUCCUUUAUAUACUGUUCAUCUCUUUUGAGUGGAAACCAAAUCUCGAACUUCUCUCCUUAAUCUAUGGCGAUCAAACCGAAUGGAAAAUCCCCUGUUACCUCCGAUCACGAUGACAAAAUCAUGCUUUUCCGCGAUGUCACACCGGGUCCCCACGAAACCCAGCUGCGUUUCCGCUUGAUUCAUUUUUGGGAGGCUUGGAACCCUCUAAAGAAGACGCUUAUUGGGGUUGAGAUGCUGUUAAUUGACGAGCAGGUAUUUGUUUUCACCCAACAUAGUUUUUAGCUUCGUUGUUAUUUAGGUCGUUGUUAGAGUUGUUAUUUACAUCGUGAUUAAUUUUUAGCUUCGUUGUUAUUUAGGUCGUCGUUAGAGUUUUUUUUUGCUCCUGAUUUUAUAUCGAUAAGGUUCUUCGUUUUAUCAUAUUCGAUCGUUCUUAAAUUUGUUAUUAGAUCCUGAUUUAUAUAGUUAAUUUUUACACUGUCCUUAGUUUUUACAAAACAAAAACAACUAUUUAUUGGUACUUUAUUUUCUCGCAGGGAUCUGUUAUCCAAGGAUUCAUUUCGCCAAGCCGUAUUGAGAGACAUUUGUCUAAAAUGAAGCCUGGAUCACUUUACAAGCUCAACAAUUUUUAUGGAUCAAGCAACAAAACCAUGUAUCGGGUUUCUGAUCAUGCUGUGACGGUGUCGUUCUCAUGGAACUCGGAGCUCUCUGUUCUUGAAGACAGUCACACUCCUUUUGAUGAAGACAGAUUCCGUUUUCAUUCCUUUGAGGAAUUUCAAGCUGGCUGUGAUCGCAAAGGAGACCUCUACGGUAAUCUCUGUUAUCACACACACCAUCUAUGAGUUGCAAUGCUUGAUGAUUAAUCUAGAAUUUUGCUUACAGUGCUAUGCGUGUUUGGUUUUGUUUGCUCAUGAGAAAGUAGAUUACUUAGUGAGCACUAUUCUUACUUUCACGGCUAAUCUCGAAUUUUGGUUUGUGAUCACAGAACAUUACAAAUAAGAUUUACUAAUUUCGUUUGUACCCUGAGGAGGACUUUUUUAACUACACUCAGGGUGUUGGGUUUUUUUUUUUUUUUUUUUUGUAGGAUAGUUUGGUUAGGAUCUGUUAGCUGGUUGAGGUCUAUGUCUGGUUAUUUUCUAUGAAAUUGUUGAAAUGCGUUUCCAUAUUUAGUCUUCUUACUUACACGCUUAAUGAUUAAUGGUAUAGAUGUUCUUGGGCACAUGAAGCUGGUUAAUGGUCAGUGUCUCACUGGGACCCCAGUUCUUGAUGAAGUGGAAAUAGCUAGGGCGAGGCAUGUGUUGGUUCAUGUGCAGUCGUACGAUGGACCUGUGGUGAAGCUCUACCUUUGGGACCAGGCUGCAAGAGACUUCUGCAAAAAAUUCAGAUCAUACGAAGGCACCCCCACCGUGUUAUUGGUGACGACCGUUAACACCAAGAGUCUCGGAGGUACUCUGGCACUGACUACAAUGUCCUCCUCACGUGUCUUUAUGGACUGCGACGUCCAACCUACGGUCGACUACAUUAGCUGGUUGGGCUCUAACCCACAGAGUGCUGAGUUGGUUAAUGCAGAAGUGGUUACUAAAAGGGAGACACUGACCAUAGGAGAAAUAUACUCCUACAUCAGGGAUGGAUCUAAUAAGGAGGCUUUUUUUGAGUGCACGGCUACGAUUGAUGAUGUGGUCCAUGGUUCAACCUGGUAUUACAUAUCAUGCAGUGGUUGCCAUACUAAGGCUACGAAAGGCCCAACUUCUUUGAUGUGUUCAAAAUGUGGGAAAGUCAACAUAUCAGGAGUACCACAGUACCGUGCACAGCUAUCUGUCUAUGACAACAGUGAGCAAGCUGUUUUUGUUCUUCUUGGUGAUGCUGGUUUUGAGUUAACCGGGAAGCAUGCAGCCGAGUUAGUCAGCAGCUAUGUUGAGGCUAAUGGAGACCAAGGAGUUACUCAAGAGGUGCCUUUCCCGGAAGCUUUAAUUAGCACUAUCGGUCAGAAACAUAACUUUUGUGUAAAAGUUACAAAGCACAACUUAGAUGGCAAGUCUCGAUCUUUGACUGUGACCAAGAUUCUCCCUCUGGAAUCUCCACCAGUCACAGAAGCUUCGAGAGGAAACUACAACCCGAUAACCUCAGAGGUCGGAUUUGAGACUGGAACGAAGGUGUGUGAAGCUUCCAAAAUCAGAGUGGAUUCGGCAGAGGGAAGUAAGAGCAAUGGUGACCUUGAUGAGAUGGGCAAAGCAAAACGCCUCAAGCGUGGGGGGUAGAUCUUACGUGUGUCGUAUCAUGUCUUGCAUGGGAUUACGUCUAAAGUUUUUUUUUUUUUUGUUCACUCUGUUAUUGACUUAUGCUUUCUUUCAGUCUUGCUAAAGUUUUUUAUAUACUCUGAAUGCUUAUGUUUUGAUAAUCAUUAUUCUACUUCUUAAGGCUAUUAACUCUGUUUCUUUAGGUGUUUUGAAAUAUAGCUUUGUGACAAACAUGUCAAUCAAUACCGAAUUUGAAAAUCAUUUUUUAACGAACUAUGGAUGUUUUUUGAAAAAUGUCUGUAAUUAAAGCAACAUAAUUACUCUACUUUCCAUAAAAUUGUUGAAGGCAUAAAUUUAGUACCGUUUAUGGAAAAAGAAUCAAUCAAGUAAUUGAUAUUACUUUCCCAUAACGUAGAGAAUAUUUGCAUAUCUUAUGCUUUAGCUGCAAUACAUAAACCAUAUCAAACACGAGUUUUUUAAUCAAGAAUAUAUCUUCUCAUUUUUUAAUCAACCAAGAAUUUACCUAAAUCAUAUCAAACACGAAUUAUUUAUCCCGUAACUCUCAGCAAAAUACGAAAACAGAAGUACAAAUCAUCCCCUUAGGCUGCUGCCCGGUCAACCAAGCUUUCUUUUUCCGUUUUGAAGCAUCCCCUUAAGCUGCUGCACGGAAAACCAAGCUUCCUAUUUCCCAUCUUUAAUCAACGCUAGACUCCAACCUACCGUGGAAGGGUAAGAAUUUUUAAUUCAACCAAGAAUAUACAAAUCUUAGUCCAUCAAUCUAACUGGUAAUCAGUUUCAUUAUAAGGAUAGAAAUAUAUAAGGAAUGGAGCAGCCACCUCUUCCACCCCCUUCGCAAACUGCAGGUAAACAAAUCUUUGCCUCUUUUCUUAAGUAAAAACUUACGUAUUAUCCCAUAGAAAUUAUUAAAAACCCGAUCAAAUGAUGUCUAUAUUAUAUUGAUUGUUACAUAUAUUCCGAGUGGUGAUUGUUAAACAAUUUUACUAUCUAUGAGUAUCUGUUUUUAAGUUAUACUUUAUAUUGUAUCGAUAUAUUUAGUUAUACAGUUGGCUAUCCACAUAAGAAAAGCACUAUCAAUAUUUAGCUAUCAUCAGAAAGUAUUAACUUAGGGAUAAUAUUAAAAGGUUGAAAUUUGGUGGGAUGGGGUGUAGUGAUCGCCUUAUAGGCAUGUGUGUCGCUAGAUAUAUUAAUUGUAUUUCUUAGGCCAUAAACCAAGAUAUACAUACAAAUUGACACAAAAGGUUAAUCAAAUGUUAAACGUAACUUAAAAAUAAAAGUUUAUAUAAUAUAUAUAUUUCGGUACAUAGAAUAAUACUUCCCAAGUAUUAUUAAAUUAUCUUCCCAAGUAUUAUUAAAUUAUAAAGAUUUAUUGAAACACAAAAAUAUAGAUAAACUUAGUGUAUUAUUGUAGUUAAUUUUUUUCAUUUCCUAACAGAUUAUUUUGGCAAACCCAAAAUUACAAUCGUUAUUAAAUCCAAAGAGAUUUUUUCCAUAAUUUUAUGUUCUCAAAAUUAUUAUAAGAGGAUGGAAAGAUCCAAAGAGAGAAAAUACAACUAUACAAUUUUUUGAUUCCAGUCUCUACUUUUUUUUAAAAAAUCUUCUUCCUCCUAUAUUAAGCAGUUGCAAAAGCAUUAUAUAACUUAUUUGGUUACGAUCUUCUACAAAAAAACGUUUUUUUAAAUUCACAAAUCGAAUUCACUCACACCUUCACGUCGCACCAUUUUAAAUCCAAUAUCUCACAUAACAAUAACUUAGAUACAUUGUCUAAAAAACUUCCGCUAACAUAGAAAUUUCAACGAAACUGAAACACUUUUAAUAAAAAACUCAUAAAUUAACGUUCAGUAAUAAAUGCUCAUUCACACCAAAAAAAUCAUAUAUUUAAACUCACUAUAUUUACCACAUUUGACAAAGACUUCACCCCACACAAAUACCUCAACAAUGAGUGACAUACCACUUAUAUCUCAUCGAAUCUCACAUCAAAGAAGAUCUACAGGUGGAAACCCGAAGCAAACCCUCCAAGUUUAUUUGAAUAAAAAUUAUUAUAUUUGAAAUCACAUGUUAUUACACACUUAAUAUUUUUUAACAUAAAAUUCAAUAUUCUAAUUUAAAUUUUUAAAUAAGAGAUAAAUUAAUUUAUUUUUGAACUGGAGACCAAAUCCGUACAAUAAUGUUUCUAUAUUUUCUGUAUUUAUAAUAUAUCAUUAACCAUGUUUUGACUAUUUCAAAAAAAGGCGCUGUCUAGAUGUGAUUGAGCAAGAAAAAGGAAUAAUGAAAGAUGAAAUUUCAAAUAUAUGGAAAAAUAUAAUUAUAUUUUUUAAUUCCAUAAUAAUUUUGUAAAGAAAUAGUUAGUGUACAAAUAAAACUAAAUCAAAUAUGCUCAACACAAACACACAUGAAAAUAAGACAUCAUAUUUGGAUAUAUUUAAAUAAAUACUUUCAAAUAUAUUAUAUUCUUGAUAAUUUGAAAAUUAAUUCAACUGAAACUAAAUUAUUAAAAAAUAAUAUACAAAUAAAACUAAAUCAAUGUUUUGUAACAUCAAAAUAAUAAUUGGAUAAAAAAUAUAUUAUGUUAAUAAAUAGAUCAAAGAUUUUAAAGAUUUCUAAUUUAUGUAAUAUUACAAAACUCCAAAUUUGCUUAUUACAAUUAAUAUUCUACCAUUAGAUAGAUUAAAUUAAUGUUCUAUAACGUUAUUCAACUGUCAGUUCUCAACUAUUACACGUUAAAAAAAUAGAUUUUAUAAUUAGGAAAAAUUAAGACCCACCUAUAUUUUAUUUUAGUACGGAAUUUUUUAAAAAAUACUUGCUAUUAUGAUUCCUAUUAUAGCUGGAAAUAUUAACUUCCCAAAUCAAUUUAUUUUAAAUACUACAAAUACAACAGUUAUUGUAAACCAAAAAUAAAAAUUAAAAUAUAUUAACAUCACCAUCACUAUUAAGCCCAUUUCCAAAAUCGAUUUAUUUUGGGAACCAUAUUACCAUUUCCUAGCUAUUUUUUCUACCCAUUACUAUUGUUAUUAGUUUAUUUAGAUCAUAGUUACAUUGAAAGUAGAACAUAAGAAUAUAGAAGUACAUAUAUUAAUACGUAUAAAUAAAAACGUGUAUCACAUAAAGAUAUCAAAU